AUGCGGAACCAGCAGGACAUCGGGGAUAUGAGCCCCCUCACACGCUCGCGAAGUGUGAGCGUCUCCAGCGAUGCCACGCCAAAAGCUAUGCUCUCGUCUCCACCCCCUGUGGAUCCUAGUCCUGCCUUUAUUGCUCCUUCAUCUGCCGCCCAGAUAAUAAGCGUUGAUAUGGAACAGAACGAAGUCAUGGUCAGCGACGAAGAAGGAUGCAUCAAUUCCAACAGUCUUGCGCUCUUGAACGGCUUUCUCGAUUAUUUACUGUUCAGCUUUCUCGCUUCGGCCAAGUCUACCCAAUUGAGCGCACUCCGUCCCGCAAUUGCCGACGUCCUGAAGCCACGGUUGGCACGAGAAGUAGUAGCCGCUGCGGAUGAAGAGCUUGGUGAAUACAUGGGCGGUGGAGAUGAAGACGAAUUGCAAGAAUUUCGGGGCGGCCGCGCUCCCCACGGCGAAUUCGACCUGGUUCGAGCAUGGAAAUUAGCUCGGUUGAGAUGCAUGGUGUAUACCCGAUUAGGAGACCUGGAAGAAGAGGAAGAGGAUGAAUAUAUUGUCAGGGAGGGCUUGGAUGAAUCAGGCGGCGCACCACGACGGUUUUCUGGCCAUGCUGGAAACAUCACUCCAGCCGCUGCCAUCUUCUUAACAUCCAUUAUUGAGUACAUAGGAGAGCAUGCGCUCGUCAUUGCAGGCGAAAAUGCUCGCAAUAGGGUGUUUUCAGCGGCAAGGCUUGCUUCCAAGUUAGCGAACCCUGAAGGGGCAAACCAGAAAAUGACCGUCGAGGAGAGCGAUAUGGAAAAACUAGCCCUGAACAGCACAUUGGGUCGGUUAUGGAGAACUUGGAAGAAGGGCAUCCGUUCAUCACCCAUACUGGCGAGAUCUUUCUCUAGAGAGUCAUUCGCUAGACGAAGCACGACCCCGAGCAGCAAAAGUGCCUUUGCCAUCACGGACGAUAUAUACGGCCGAGACUCGAGAGUUGAUGAACAUGCGGAAGAGAAAGAAAGCCGUCGGAGAUCAAUUGAGCCGGCGAGUAUCGCAUUGCCCAUGAACGAAAAGGAUGUCGAUGAAAUCGAGGUACCCGGGUUGUGGGUAGGUGAAGAGGAGGCCGAAACGAUGCAAGCCGCGAUUGCUCAAAAAGUUCGCCCACGGAGUCUGAUAGUCUCUCGUUGUUCUGGACCACCGACCCCGACUUCUCCGAGCCGCUAUCCUGGUACAUGGCCAGCUACCAAUUCACCCCAACACAGCCGUGCACAGUCUGUUCCUGUCCAUAUUGAAAUUUUCAAAAAGGCCGAUCGUUCGCCGGUGCGUGAAGCGGGGCUGUCACUCGAGACCGUAACGGAAAAUGAAGGGAACGAGACUGUCCUAACCACGGAAGCACCUACACUCGAAGAUAGGAAUGUAACCUCAACUUCAAUUCCAAAGAAGACGGAAGAACGUUCGGAGAACGAGCUGCAGCCCCUCGCUACCGUCUCGCAGACGACUAGUAAUGAAGAUAUUGCUCACUCCAUGCCAGGCGACGCACCCGGAGAUGAGAUUGUUGAAGGGCAGGGGACUUACCAGAGACCUAAACUUAACAGUCUUUCAAUGCAGCGACCGAAAAGAAAACAAUCCAAGGAUACAACAAAAAAGGAGGGUCCCGAUACUUAUGUAGUUGAAAAUCGAGCAGACUAUCGCGAUGAUCAUCCAUCCAUGCAAGGGGGUGAAAUGGGUCGUGGCGUUCAGUCUGCUCCAACACAGCAAAAUGCUCUCCAUGCCGAUGACGUGUCUUAUGCACAUGAAUCAGCCCAGACUAUCUUACAUCCAAUAGCGCCUACUUCUCAUCCACGCCAACUCGAAACGGACAAGCAGACAACUGUCGAAGAAAAUAUCAAUAACCUUCCUCGCCACUCGCCCAACCCAAGUCAACAGGCAUCUUCCUUCUAUACAGAGAGCAUCGGAGCUCCUCAUUCUACAUCGGAUGAUAGCGAGGGAAGUAUUCAUCGAUCGAUACCUUCUCGCGCCGCUUCACACGCUGCCUCGGUCCGGAGCCAACCUCGUCAGGACGAUCCGUCUCCAGGUCGGGAACGUGCCACAGUCCAGCGUGUGUAUGGUCCAACUACCACGUCGCAAGCGUCCAUUCGAUCUCGUCGGUCUACGAGUAUCAGCGAGAAGCGACCUCUUACAUCCGGUUCUGGAGCAUCCAACGUUUCCAGUAAAUUGAAAGUGCUUAUCGGUCGUCAUCCUGCAGAGGUUGACGUGCCCCUGCCUGCUCCACCUCGCAGGUCUUCAGAUGCUAGCAGAUUUGCUGCUGGCGAUGAUGCGGAUGAAGCUGCUUUAGAUGAACUUAUCAAAAGUGACGAGACGAUACGAUUCACAUUGACUCCUCGUACUAUGCGGGAGAUAGAAAUGCCUGGGUCCCCUCGAUGGAAUACGGCUCGCAACGACGUUCAUAAGGAUCGCACUGAUACUUCCGACCUAGCCACUUUCUUUAGGACUACCGCUCCACCUGGAGAGCCAGUUCCAGCGCCACGCUCGACGACAGAGCAAGAAGCUCCAGUAAUUUGCACGAAGCCCGCUCCAUCCAUGAUAGACAGCUCAAGAUCGCAUUCAGCAGGUGGUACGGUUUCUGAGAAGUCUAGCCCUACUAGUGUACACUCAACAGCAAGCCCCGUGAGUCGAACCUCAAGUGGGAGUAGAGCGGCUAUGCAUCAGGCUCGCGAAGCCCGAGUGGGCGGUGAAUCGGUCCGAGAUUUCGCGCAGUUUAUCCGUGCUACUGGACCUCGUACCGAGGCGGGACCCAGUGGUCAUACGCGUGAUGGAUCAGAGUCGCUUGUGAACUCGUCCCGGCCAGAAACCGCUCAAUCCAUCUCUUCCCGGACAACAGCCAAACCCAGGAGUUCGACCAACUCGGCCAAGAGAAAUGGACCGCGACUUCAAGCUCGUGAUCCAGCCGGUCACGAUAGCAACAAAACAUCCGACCUGAUUGAUUUUAUUAGAGAAGGCCCUCCGGGCGCAUCAACUCAUCGCAUUCCGCGUACGGUGGCCCCCUUUAGGAAUACCAUGGAUUCAGAUGAUCUUGUAUUGAAUGAAACAGCCCGUGAUAACGACACCAGAGUGACACCCUCCCUUGCAAGUACGGGUGCCGAAUCGACAUCGAGUUCUCGUGCUCCGCUUCUUUCAAAAUCUGGUCCGGCCGAUGCACCACCUAUCCCAGCACGAAAAAGACGUGGCCCGCGAGAUCCGUACGCCAUUGAUGUCUCUGAUGACGAGGAUGAGGAACAAUUCUCGGAACCUAGCAUACCGUCGAAACCACCACGGGCCGAAGAGAGCCUGCUUGACUUUUUAAAUUCCGUUCCACCACCAGUCACCCAGAAAGCUCCCGAGCCAUUCAUUCUUACUUCGUACCCACUACCUCCAAAUACUCCUUCCGGGCAGACUGUGUCCAGUGUUAGGAAUCGUUUCCGAAGAAAUACUGUCACUGACAAGACCCCCACGUCAAAGAAGUCAAUGCCCUCGAUGCGGUCCCCCAAGACUGUUACCAAACCACAAAUCAGCUCACCCCUUCCACAAUCAAAUGGCCUUCCUGCGAAUAGAUCUGGCUAUUCAGCUCAAAUGACUCGCGAGCGUGGACUAGCGUCUCAACCAUCUAUGCCUAGUCUCUCACGGCCUGCACGGCAAACCGAGACGGGUGCCCUUGCAGAUUUUCUGAAAAAUACCGGGCCACCUGAGCCCAUUUCCCGUCCGCCUACAAUUAUGUCAGAGGACAGAAAGGACUCGACCUUUUCCAAGUUUUUCCGCCGCAAGAGGGUGGAGGCUUAAUUCCGACGAGCUGAUAUCCUUUCCUUUUUAAUGGUUUGACGGCGCGGUGCAAUUUAGCGCGCAGAUAGUUUUGUUUAAUCUAUCACAACAUCUCUACUAUCCUUGUUAUACAGCUGCCCCUUUUACUUGUGACUCUACAUCUCGAUGAUACCUUGUUUUCUUUCGAUCUUGUGAAAUAUAUUCAUUUUCUACUAUCUUCUCUUCUGAAGCUCACUGCUCUUUAGCUAAGAGUAUCUCCUGCUUUAUUCCCGAAAUUAUUCUCAGACGCACCUCUUCCGCUUAGUUAGUGAAGAUGUUACUAUGACGUAUGUAUAUUGGAGAUGAUAUUCAAUGAUAACAACGAUAACAAUUG